AUGUCUUGUACAUGGAAAAGUGGAUCUGUCAGAUCAUCAGUUAGUGGUAGUAGUCACAGAGUUAGCAGUAUGGCUGUAGACCUGGCUAAAGGAUCUGAGCACUUUGCAGUUGGGAGUUUCAAUGCAAAUGAUGGUCUUUUGCAUGGUGGUGAAAAGGAGACCAUGCAAAACCUGAACGUCCGACUGGCUUCUUACCUGGAUAAAGUGAGGGCCCUGGAAGAUGCCAAUGCUGACCUUGAAUCAAAAAUUAAGGAGUGGUACAUUAAGCACCAGCAGAAAACAAUCCCGGGAGACUACACAAGAUACUUCAGCAUUAUUGAAGACCUCAAAAACAGGAUCCUAGCGGAAAGUACAGACAGCGCCAGACUUGUCCUGCAAAUUGACAAUGCCAAAUUGGCGGCAGAAGACUUCAGACUUAAGUAUGAGAAUGAGGCCUGUCUUCAUCAGACUGUUGAAUCAGACAUCUGUGGCCUACGUAGGUUACUAGAUGAAUUGACUUUCACAAAGUCCAACCUUGCAUCUCAGUUGGAAAGUCUAAAGGAAGAGAUUGAAUGCAUGAAGAGAAACCAUGAAGAGGAAAUGAAGGCUUUGAGAGGACAGAAAGGUGACAUUAAUGUGGAAAUGGACGCAGCCCCUGGUAUUGAUCUUAGCAAACUUCUUAGUGACAUGCGGUCACAAUAUGAAGAAAUCGCUGAACAGAACAGACAGAAGGCUGAAGAAUGGUUUAAACAAAAGAGCUCUGAGAUGCACCAGGAGAUUUCCCACAGCAGUGAAAUGGCCGAGUCUCACAAAACUCAGCUGACAGAACUUAGGCGCACACUGCAAGAACUAGAAAUUGAACUUCAAGCACAACUUGCCAUGAAAUCCUCCCUGGAGCACUCACUGGCUGAGACGGAGCAUUGUUACAGUAGUCAGUUGGCACAACUACAGGGAUAUGUGGGAAAUGUGGAAGAACAGUUGAGUCAGGUCCGCAGUGAUCUGGAACGUCAGAAUGCAGAGUACAAACUUCUUCUGGACAUCAAGACCCGUCUAGAAAUGGAGAUCGAGACUUACCGUAGACUACUUGACGGAGAAGCAUGGCAAUACAAAGAGCCAGCUCCAGUGAAAGAAUCAAAGAAAACCAGGAAAGUCACAACCAUCGUUGAAGAAGUCGUAGACGGCAAAGUCAUAUCACAGAAAGUGAAUGCAACAGAAGAGAAGCUGAAAAUAUGAUAAAAAUGUAACUUUUUCAAUAUCUUUAUAAAUGAUAUGAUCUGCAUUUGCUUAUGUUUUAAAGUUAAUCAAUGCCAGCAAACAACUGAUCGAAUAUAUAUUCUAUUAAUAUCCA